AACUAAACUUUACAUACAUAUGUGCAUGUAUCAUAUAUACACAUUUCAUACGCAAACUAUACGUAAGUGCUUUAUAAAUACGUAUAAAUGUAUACUUGAUAAGGUACAUAUUAGAUAAAAAUAUAUUUUGACAUAUGGUUUGAAAUGACGAUUGAGAAAAGAUUGAGAACAAUUCUCGAUUUGGGAAAAGUCGAUAACAUCUCGAUCGGUGAGAACAAUCAAAACUAGUCAAAAGGCACCUAAAAUCGGUAGUUUUUAAGUCGGGGUUGGGGUCGGGUUCGGGGUCGGAGCCAAGUUCCUUGCUUGCGACGUGCGCCGUAACCGUUGCGCCGUGUAACUUUCUGUCAGCCGUCGUCGGCAGAGAGCGAGUAUUCAGUGAUUAGAGGAAAGAUGGCUACGAACUUUGGCGUAGAGUGUCAGUACUUUUACGAGGAUGUCGUCUAUCGUGUGGAUAAGAAAGGUAAUGUUGUGUUCGGAAUUGUUAUGGAAAAUGACGACCAAGAUUUGUCCGAAGAAAGUUCUGACAGCGAAGAGAGCCAAAAGAGGAAAAAGGGCGAGAUUCGCGUGGUCUGGCAUCCCUCCGGUAUCGAGGAGUUGGUCAGCUCGAAGAAGGUACAUUUAGCAGAUAGAACACUUAUGCCAGGAGAUGUUGUACGUCGGAUGAUCAAAGGAAAGGAUACACAGAGAGGAUACUGUAGGGAUAUUGAGCUUACUGCCUGUGUUCAAGUGAUUGGUACUAAACAAGUGCUUACCAAUAUUAGGAGCGAAGAUUUAGUUCCUUUGGAAGAAUUUGCAACGGAUAUAGCUGUUUGUAUGGAUUCAUGGGUUGGUGGCAUAAAAAUGGCAAAUUUUAAAUUGUGGCUUACUACACCCGAUGGAUCUCGUUGUGUCAUAAAUGAAACAGAUUCUCGUGUUUUAGGACAAUUAGAGGAGAGACGUGAUAAUGAUAAUGAUUUUCCUCAUUCUUCUGAAUUUUAUCCUGGUCAAAGUUUGUGGGGACCAGUUCACUGCCUAGAAGAUGCACAAUGGAUUACAUGUACAAAAGAAAUGAAAGCAAAGAGAAAAUCUAAACCACAGAAACUAACAAAGGUAAUUGUAGAAAAGGUAGAAACAGAUUGGGUAGGAGUGCAUUGGCAGUGUAGAGCAUAUUCAAAGGAUGGUGCUUGGUUAGAUCAAGCUCAACCAAAAUUCGUAGUUGAAGGAGAAAAUUUGAAGAAACUAAAAUUAUUGAAUGUUUUUGAACCAUCUACUGUGCAAGUGGGAGAUCGAAACUUUUAUGUAAUUAAAAGUGAUGAAAAUGUCAUUACACGAGAACAAUGGAGAAAACAACAAAGAGACAUUUUUCAAGUUCCUAAACAUAGUCCAAAGAAAACACGUCCAAAUAUCAGUGUGACAAAGCCAGUUGAAGAUAGAAAAAAGGAGAAGGAUAAAGAUAAACUUAAUGAACAGCAAACAUUAGAAGAGAAUGCUCAUAAUAAUAUUAACAAUUUACAAAAUAUUACAAGCAAUAAUACUCUAAUGCCUCCAGUACAAAACCAGAAUACUGAAAGUUCAGAUGAUUGGGAUACAGAAGAUACUGGAUCGCAAAGUGACAGUGCUUCAGUAUCUAGUGGAUGUUCUAGCAUGUCAUCCAUGGGUAAAAAGAAAAAAAGCCCAGCUUUAAUGACAAAGGUUCUGAAAAAGAAAAAGUUAUGCAAGGCAAAGAAGAAGAUUCCACCAGCUCCAUUGAUUCCAGGGACUAAAAUUGUUGUGGAAACAUUAUCUACAAGUACAAAAGCUAAUGUUGUAUGGCAAGAUGGUUCAGUAGAAUUUGGUAUUCCAUCAACACAACUUUAUCCGAUUCAUCACUUAGAUGAUAAAGAAUUCUUCCCUGGUGAUUUUGUAGUUGAUCAAAAGGAAGAGUCUAGAAUGUAUGGUGUAGUUCAAAGUGUUGACCAUCAGGGUAGAACAGCUAAAAUAAAAUGGUUUAAAACAUACACUUCUACUCAAAGUCCGCAGCCAACUUUACUAGAAGAACGUGAAGUCAGUGUAUAUGAUUUAAAAGAUCAUCCAGACUUUCAGUACAGACCAGGUACAUUAGUAAUUCGAAUAGCUAAUUUUGAAGGAGAAGAUGCUGGAUGUACUGCUGGUCAAGUGCUAGAUAAUUAUCCGGAAGGACGAGUUAAAGUGUGGUGGGUUGAUGGACAUGUAAGUAUGUGUUGGCCUCAAGAUUUGUAUAAAGUAGGUGAAUAUGAUAGUGACGAAGGAGAACUUUGGGAUGAUGUAUCGUCUGACGCGUCAUGGGAAACGGAAUUGGAAGACUGGUAUAUCGCCGAUACCGAUGGUACAGAACAAACAGAAUUAGAAAAUAUAAAACCAAAGCUAGCCGCACACAUCGAAAAAGCUCGCAUUGCAAUGUCUAGACUGGAAGAGAUUUUCACUCAAAAUCCCUCACUUCAGACAACCGAAGUUAUGAGAAAAUUAUUAGAAGUUUAUAAAGAUUGUCGAUACAUGGAUAAACUUAUGGGUACCUCUUUCUUCCAUGAAUGUCAUUUUCAAGGACUUCUGGAGAGAGUCCGUGAACGUGGUCGUGCAAAUGUAGCGCAACGUAUGGCGGAUCAAGUAACAAGAUUAUUUACGCAUAAAUCUGAUGGAUCAGAAGAAAAUAUAGAAAAGAACAAUAUAGAAAAUUCCAAUAAUAUACAAUCAGGAAGUAAUCCUUGUGAAAAGAUCAUUACCACUGUAACGGAUAUGACAGAAUCCAUUGAUCAUAAAAACGACGAACCCAGCAAUAAACAGAAUGUAAAAGGUGAAGAAUCAAUUAAUCGUUUAUUUAUUAAUGUUAAUCCUAAUCCUGAAGAUUCUGGAUUGUAUUCUGCAGAAAAUUCAAAGAAAGAGUCGGGUUCGAGUGACUCAAGUGGCGAAUUUCUACUUAGCGAGGAUGUGAACAAUGUACCUGAUCGUUCAAUAGAGAAAUCAGAAAUGAAUAAAACUUCCAAAACUCAGAUGCACAUAACAAGUUCUCACGUGGCUAGUUCUCAAGUUUGCGUUAAAUUGUGCACUUUAAUAAAAGCUCAACUUGUACUAGCGCAUGCAGAAGUUUCUAGACGAUUUGGGUUAUCAAAGAUGUCAUUAUCCGAUGCCGAAAAAGGAUCGUCUCCUUUGAAGAAGCAGAAGAAAGAAGAAGAAAAACGUAUAGAAUUGUUACAAGAACCAUCAGAAUAUUCCAUAGAAAUUCCACCACCAAUAUAUACAGAAGGGGAAGGAUUUUCUAUAGAAGAAACAGCACCAGAUAGUCAUAAAUUUAAAUUAACAAUGUUUCAGCCUACAGAUCCUACAAACUUUUUCAGAACUGUUUCCAAGGAAUUAAAACUUUUAAAAAGUUCACUUCCACCCGGUAUAUGGGUAAAGGGAUUUGAAGAUAGAAUAGAUUUAUAUUCUGUAAUGUUUCGUGGACCUGAGAAAACACCAUACGAAGAUGGUCUUUUUCUUUUUGAUUUUCAAUUAUCUGCCGAUUAUCCUGCUGCUCCACCACUUUGUCAUUAUAUUUCUUACUGUAAUGAUAGGUUAAAUCCCAAUCUGUAUGAGGAUGGUAAAGUUUGUGUAAGCUUACUUGGAACAUGGUCUGGCCGUGGAACAGAAGUGUGGACAAGUUCCUCAACUCUCUUGCAAGUUAUAGUCUCGAUUCAAGGCCUUAUUCUCGUACCAGAACCAUAUUUUAAUGAAGCUGGAUUCGAUAAACAAAAAGGCUCUCAACAAGGAAAAGAAAAUUCAAGAAUGUAUAAUGAAAUGGUUGUACUAAAAUUGGUUCAAGCACAGACUAAGUUAUUACAACAUCCACCACCUGUAUUUAAAGAUAUUAUUAUUGAACAUUUCAAGAGGCAUGCAAACAAAUUAUUGCAACGUUUAGAGUUGUGGAUGGAAAUUUCUGAACAACAUAAUAAUCAACACCCAUUAUCUCCAGUAACACCUACUACUUUUAAACAAAUAUCUGACGUUGAUAACAAAAUUUUACCAGAAUUUCCAUUAAUACCAGCGUCUAGAGGUUUCUGCAUAACACUCCGUAAAACUUUAGCUAUAUUUAAAGAAGUGCUGAUUAAAGAGGGUAUUAUAGAAAGAAACAGCGACGUACAUACUUGGGAAAAUAUCAAGGAGCAAACAAAGAGCGAGGAUCACGAAACAAGCAAAACUGCUGACAGUAAUACAAUGGAACACGACAGUAAAAAAGAGAUCAGUGAAGGAAGUUCCAAAUUAAAUCCAAACGGUAGCCUAUCAAAGGACCGUGUAUCAUCUUCGUCCACGAAUAUUUCCUCUACAUCACUAAGCGAAACGAAGAAAAUUACGUUGGAUCAUACCAUCAGCUAGCCACAAGAAACGCCGCUGUCAUUGCUCCGCAGCUAGAGAUAUUUGUUACUGUAGAGUAACCACAUAGUAACGUAAUAAAUACGAUCAUAUAGGCAUGUAUGAACAAAUAAGAUCUUGUUCUUGUAUACAAUUUCGUAAAUUUCUGAGAUAUAUUACACAAUUUAAUUUAUGAUGUUAUAUAGAAUAUAUAAUAAUAAAAAUACAUAUAUGUAUAUUAUAUAUAAUACAUAAUAUUAUAAUAUUUACGAAUAUAAAAUUAAUAUUUGGUCACGGGAUACUAUAUAUGCAUUUAGUUCUAUAAUUCUGCAAUGAAAAUAGAAGGCGUUUCUCAAAAACGCAGUUUGACUGAAUUAUUGAAACAAAGAAACAAGGAAGGAGAAAAUAAUGUCAAAUAUUGAAUAAGCGAAAAAGUAUUGUCACUGCAUAAAGAAUGAGAAAAAUUAAAAUGAAGAAAUAAAGUAACCAAUAAAAGGUAGCAAUACGUUAAGCCAACGUGAAAACACUUCUCAAUAGAGUUUAAGAAACACGAUAAUAAUAGUUAUUAAUUCUACAUGCAUUUCACUGAAUACAAUCGAGUAAUAACGCCACCAACCUUACGAAAGAGAAAUUCAUUAUCCUUCAAAUAUCUUAAAAAUCAUUAUGCCAUUCAAUAAUACAAUAUUUCAAAUGAAAUUACAUGAUUUUGAUUGCAAAUAGGUUGUAGUUUAGGCACAAAAAGAUUCGUAUUUAGAUCAGAAACCUAUGACAAUUAAUGUCUAAUGUUAUAGAUACUUCUAACGUAGUAUGUAAAUUAUAAACAAAUUAUUAUUAUACAUUCUAUUAUCUACAGUCAAGGAAUUUUCUUUAUCGAUAAUUUGUUUCGUAUAUUUAUAGGAAAAAAUUGUUUUUGUGAAUCCUCCGUUUUUGUUUUGGUAUAUAUAAUAUUUAUUCGAUAAUAAAGUACUUGAUGUUGUCACGAACAUUUGCGGAGAACAUUAGUACUUAUUAAACAACGUAAGCGUUUUGCAGUAUUACUUACAUUUAUUUUUUCUUUUUAUUUAAUUUUACACUUCUUUGGUGUAAUAA